AGAAAUGAAAAGGAAGCAGCAGUCCGCCUUGCAGGCAAUCCCAUCCAUGGCGACUGCCGCCCCCUUCAGCUGUCGCUCGCUCCUCGCCCCGGCACAGCAAUCCCAUCCACGGCUGCCUGCCUCCAUCCGCCUCGACCUCUCCCACCCCAAGCAACCUCCCGCCGACCCGAAGCGCCGCCGGCACCAUGCCGCUUCGCAUCCGGCCUUCUCCGCAGCCGCGCGGGGUCGUGCCAAGAAGAUCCCCGUCCCGGACACCGAGGAGCCCGCCGCCGGAGUCCGCGUCACCGACCGCGGCCUCUCCUACCGCCUCGACGGCGCGCCGUUCGAGUUCCAGUACAGCUACACCGAGGCCCCGCGCGCGCGGCCCGUUGCGCUCCGUGAGGCCCCGUUCCUGCCGUUCGGGCCCGAGGCCACGCCGCGCCCGUGGACGGGGAGGAAGCCGCUGCCGAAGAGCCGCAAGGAGCUGCCGGAGUUCGACUCGUUCGUGCUGCCACAACCGGGCAAGAAGGGGGUGAAGCCCGUGCAGUCACCGGGGCCGUUCCUCGCCGGGAUGGAGCCGAGGUACCAAGCGGCGUCACGAGAGGAGGUGCUCGGGGAGCCCCUCACAAAGGAAGAGGUCGCCGAACUCGUCAAAGGGAGCCUCAAGACCAAUCGACAGCUCAAUAUGGGUAGGGAUGGUUUGACGCACAAUAUGCUGGAGAACAUUCAUUCACAUUGGAAGAGAAAGAGAGUUUGCAAGAUAAAAUGCAAAGGUGUCUGUACAGUGGAUAUGGAUAAUGUCUGCCAGCAGCUAGAGGAAAAAGUUGGAGGAAAAGUAAUACACCGCCAAGGGGGUGUCAUAUUUCUUUUUCGUGGUAGAAACUACAAUUACAGGACUCGCCCAAGUUUUCCUCUUAUGCUCUGGAAACCUGUUGCACCAGUGUACCCUCGCCUUGUUAAGAAGGUCCCAGAUGGCUUAACUCCAGAUGAGGCCGCAGAAAUGCGAAUGAGAGGAAAUCAAUUACCGCCAAUUUGCAGACUUGGGAAAAAUGGUGUUUAUGUUAACCUUGUGAAGCAAGUUAGAGAAGCAUUUGAAGCAUGUGAUCUUGUCCGUGUUGAUUGCUCAGGUCUAAACAAAAGUGAUUGCAGGAAAAUUGGAGCUAAACUAAAGGAUCUAGUACCAUGUAUCUUACUGUCUUUUGAGUUUGAACAUAUACUGAUGUGGAGGGGAAGUGAUUGGAAAUCAUCUCUUCCUCCAUUAGAAGAAAAUAAUUUUGAAGUGACAAAGGCGGAUGAACAUUUUAGUGGUGAAGAAUUUAAUGAAAAGGUUAGACAUUCAGGAACUGUUUUAACCGAGAUUGAGUUGGCCAGUAUUGCAACAUCUCACAAGAACUGCAACUUGGGUCAAGCUGAACAAGAGUUGAAAGGUACCAUGAAGCUUAAUCAUGGCACUGAUAUGGUGCUGAGUUCUGCAGUAGAAGUCCCUGGAUUGUUUCAUUCUACAGGUAUAUCUGGAACUGAACCCUCAGCAGACACUAAUAGAGGUCUGGUUGAGAAGUCCCUUGAUCAUUCUGCAAGAUCUGAACACUGUCCAGAUGAUUUAGAACCACACCCUGGUGUAACAAGCAUAGGUGAUGAUUUGGAAACUAAGAGGAAAGGCAACGAAGGUAUAGAAGGUACGGAUGUUCUCAAUAGUAGUUCUGAAGUGCGGCCUUCUUAUAUGGUGGGAGUGUUAUGCCUUUUGGAACAGGCCAUUGACAGUGGCAGGGCACUUGUUCUGAGUGAGAAUGAGUUUGUUGAUUCAGAUCUGGUCUAUCAAAAGUGCGUUGCAUUCACAAAGUCAAUUCCACGUGAACUGGUUUUCAAGCGUACUCAAACUAAGACCAGUGCCAGGAGAAAUGGGCUAGACAAGCAAGUAAAAAUUAAAAAGCAUCUUGUAGAAAAUAAACUAUCCAGCAGUCAUAUUGAAAAGAAAGAUAAUGCCAAUGGAUGUUUGGCAAUGCGGACAAAUGGCCGUGCGCAAGAGUUCCUAUCGGAUGUGGUUCCACAAGGUACCUUAAGAGUGGAUGAACUAGCAAAGUUACUAGCUUAGAGGUCAUUGUUCUUUUAUCAGCCAUGACGAGCAGCUAACAAUGUUUGGAUAACAUUACUUUUCUCCAGUCACACGGAUAACUUGGCCCCUGGCUGCGUUUGAAAUCGGCAGUACAUGUUGGUUAUUGAAAAUAUAAAAAAUUCACAUAGAAGGAGAGUAAAUUAUGUGGGACCUAGUUGUGAUUCUAUUAUUUCGCUGGUGCCAUUCCGCUGAUGGAGGUACCGAAGGAUAAACGGGCCUUUUGCCGGUGACCAUCUCUCAUGGCCUCUUAACUCCUAAGCAGUCCCUCGGCGAGACGGAUUUUAGAUAGGAUUCCCUUGCCCUCAUCCCACAUUUUUUGUUGUAUUCUGAUUGCAAUAGCGCCCUCGCCUUGUAAGUUUUGUUGAUAAAUCUCAGCAAAAGCAGAAUUGCAGAUUGAUCU